AUGUCAGGCUUCGAGGUUGCGGGUAUCGUGCUCGGUAGCAUACCUAUCGUGGUAUCUGCACUACAAUGCUACAUGAACGGUCUUGGCACCCUGCAGAAUUUCCGAUCCUACAAACGAAUCCUCAAGAGCCUCAUCUUGACCCUCAAGACUGAACAUGUCAAUCUUCAGAACAUAUGCGAGAAACUCCUAACAGGAAUUGCACCACAAACGCGCAUCGAGGAAAUGAUACGAGAUCCUUUUGGAGACCUUUGGAGAGAAGAAGAAAUCCUCAAUAAGCUGCGCCUGCGGCUCUGGUCAUCGUUGCAGGUAUUCGACGAUCGCGUGCAGGACAUGAGGGAAGCUAUCGAGGAGAUGAUGGAGAAGCUCAAUGUUGGGACAGACGGCAAGGUUGAAUGGGCUGAAAGCUCAUCGAUCAAAAAGCAGUUUAAGCGAGCAACAUUCAUCCUUCAAAAGUCAAAUCAUGAGGAGGUCUUGACGAGGAUACGAGAUGGUGUCUCAGCUCUUCAGCGCCUAGCAGUCCUCAACACGGAUCUGGAAUCACAAAGAAAGUCUCGAUCGCAGGGGAGACUUAACAAGCUCGUCAACGGAAUGUUGAGUGGUAUAUAUCACGCACUACGGUCAACGAUGACUUGCAAAUGCUCUGGCUUGCACGAUGUUGGCUUGAGGCUGACACCGCCAUCACGGACCGUUGUUCCUGAGGAUGAUGAUGAUGAUAUUAUCAAGGAGUUGCAGUUCCGCCUUGCAGUUUCGUACCUAACGGGAUCACAAGUCAAUAUUUUAAAACAAUGGAAUGAAAUUCUUUUGAAGAGCGGAGAGGAUUCGAAGAAGACAACGGUUUCUUUCACAUCACAAAGUACAUCUACUUCGAGGAAGACAGUUGGGUUUUCUGUUCCCUCAACGACCUCUUCGACAAACAGCCAGCAAUUGCAAACAGUUAUCAUCGAAUCAGCCUUAUCAAAUCUCACAUUCAACACUCUUAGAACAAUGUCUGAGCCUAUUUGUUCCAAACACAUCAGCAAUCUGUGUGAAGCAAUGCAAACGAUGGGGAAGAGAAAACAGGGCGAGAGAUGUGAGCACAUUCAACAUUGCUACAUGACCCAAACUCAGAAGUAUGACGUCUACACACUAGAAUGUCUGGGCAGUUGUGAUGAAUGGUCUCUGGUACCACUAAAAGAAGUGCUUCAAGAUCCAGCGUUGCUCUACGGUGACAAGCUGCGUCUGGCUUGGAUGAUUGCCUGUGGUGUCUUGCAGAUGCAAGGCACGCCUUGGGUUGCAGACAUUCCAAGAAGUGAGGAUAUCUUCAUUGCCCAAAAGGGUGGUGUUCAUCAAUUUCAGCAUGUUUUUGUCCUCAGACACUUCCCUGAAUAUCCCAGGGUCAACGCAACAGCAUCACCUACCAACCCGUUCAUGCUUUAUCUCGGGAUCAUCCUCCUCAUCGAGCUCAUUCUUGGCCAGUCAAUAGCAACUCAAGAUUCAGCUCAGAAUCAGACACUGGAGCAUGAUUUACCGAGUUAUAUCCUUGACUACGAAGCCGCCAAUAAACUUUUGGGAAGAGUCAUGAUGACCGGUGGCUCUGGAUAUUACAAUGCGGUAGAGCGAUGCUUACGAUCGGACAUGCAAAUUGGGACAGCUGGAGGUUCGUGUUGUUCUCAAGGGGAUGUGAUUUCUGGAGUUCUUGAUCCUCUUGAGCAGGAUUUACGAAGACUGGUUGCAUGA